ACGUGGACGACUCAAUAAAAGCAUCUUCUUCCCCAGAAAGAAAAUAACCAGAUAAAAGAAACUGACAACCUGCUGCUCCCUUGCGCCUGGCGAAAAAAGAACGACAGCGACAGGAGGCUGCUUACAUAAGCACUCUCACGGAGUCGCACCCGCAGCAGAGCAAAGCAAAGCCAACGAAGAACGACUCCAAACACCCAACCAUCUCGUCGUCCUUCUCCAUCCUCCUGCUUCUUCUUCAUCACCGUCAAUCCUUCUUUUUCUUUUCCUUCUUCUCUCCCGCUUCUUAAUUAACACCCCCACUCAUGGCUUCUCCCCGUCCUCCGCACAACUUCGCCCCUCAAGGCUAUCCUCUCCAGAAUGGUGCCGUAGCUUCUGGUCCUGUGCCUGGGGCCGCCCCUCUUCUUCCGAACAACGGCAGGAUUAUCCAGAACGGCCCGGUUAGAGUGCUGUGCAUUGCGGACGUCAGAGGAAACCUGAAGUCUUUGAAUGAGUUGGCCAAGCAGGCUCGUGCAGAUCAUAUCAUCCACACUGGUGAUUUUGGAUUUUAUGAUCACACUUCGCUGGACCGGAUCGCAGACAAGACCCUCAAACAUGUGGCACAGUACUCUCCACUGCUGCCUGAGAAUGUGAAGCGGACGAUUGCCCAGACUCCUCCCCAGCAGUCAAUCAAGCAACGAUUUACCCCCGAACAGCUACCGCUUUCCGAGCUUCCCCUGCUUCUCGACAAGCGUAUUACUCUCGAUGUCCCCGUAUACACUGUUUGGGGUGCCUGUGAGGAUGUCCGAGUGUUGGAGAAAUUCCGCUCGGGUGAGUACAAGGUCGAUAAGCUGCACAUCAUUGAUGAGGCAAACUCGAGAUUGUUGGAUGUUGGCGGUGUGAAGCUGCGUUUGCUGGGACUGGGUGGUGCUGUGGUGAUGCACAAGCUGUUUGACAACGGUGAAGGAAAGACAACGAUUGCUGGUGGACAGGGUACAAUGUGGACAACUUUACUCCAGAUGGGUGAAUUGAUUGACACGGCAAAUCGUGUAUACGAUCCGUCCGAGACUCGCAUUUUCGUUACUCAUGCUUCGCCUGCCCGUGAGGGAAUGCUAAACCAGCUUUCUGUCACCCUCAAGGCCGACUUUUCGGUCUCCGCCGGUCUUCACUUCCGCUACGGUUCUUCCUACAACGAAUUCUCCGUCAACCCUUCUCUCGACCACUACCGCGGAAAGCUGGCUGCUUCGAAGGCUUCUUUCAACGACGUUUGGGAAACUGUCCGGGGUGAGGUUGAGGCUGCUAUCUCGUCUAACGAGGCCCAGAAGACUCUUCUGGACAAUGCUUUGGACGUUGUGCAGAAGAUGCCUUCCAUCGCCAAUGGUGGUAACCCAUUCGGUGGCUCUGGUGCGCCAGGCAAUGCCGCCGGUCAGGUUGACGAAAGCGCUUUCAAGAACAUGUGGAACUUUAACCUUGCGGAUGCGGCGUUUGGUUUCCUGGUCCUUGAGGUUGAAGGUGGACGUAUCGCUACGGAAAUGCGUGCCCAGGGUUUCAACUUUGCCCACCGUACUGGAAAGCCCCAGCCUGCUGGUCCCGCUGGACAGGCUGUGCCAGUCCUUCCUCCCGGCGCUGCUUCCCCUGUUCCCAAUGCUCGUGUUCCAGGUGCUGCCCCUCCUCAGUUCGGUCAGGCUCAGCCUGCCGCUCCCCGUCCGGGUGCGCCUGCCCAGCAGCCUGUCCAGGCUAAGCCUCAGCCCGCCGUCCCCACUCGCACAUCCCCGGCUCCUGUCAUCCCGAAGCCCGCAACCCCACAGCCCUCUAGCACCCCCACCCAACCCAGUGCUGCACCAGAGGAGAAGCCCGUCCCAGCUGAGCCGAACGGCACCGCCCAGCCCGAAAAGCCAUCCGAGUCUCCUCUUCCCCGGGGUGAGAAGAAGCCUAGCAAUGGACUCUUCGUUUCGAACGUGGACAAUGAGCAAGCUGUCCGUGAUAUCUUCCCCGAGGAGGACAAGGCAAAGAUGCUCAAGGUUGAGAAGUGGGGUAAGUUCAACCACGUUGUGACUUUCUCUACUGUCGAGGAGGCCAAGGCCGCCCUGGACCGUCAGCCCGCAGAGCACAAGAAGCCCACUCCUCCUGGUCAACCUCGCAAGCCCAAUGUCAAGUUCUUCGAGGACCGUGGCAGCCACCGGGGCAACGCCGGCACUUGGCAGGCUAGCACCCGGGGCGGCAACACAUCCCAGCGCGGAUACCAGAGUGGAGGUGCCAGUGACAGCGAAGGUGGACGAGGCCGUGGAGGAUUCGGCGGACGCGGCCGUGGCCGUGGCGGCGAUCGCGGUGGUCGCGGAGGCAGAGGUGGCCGUGGAGGCUUCAACAAGGGUCCUACCGACUCUCCUGCGCCAACAUCGACGCCCUCUGGCGACAAGCCCGCGGCUGGCGGAGAUGCCUAGAUGUAAUGUCGACACGAAUUUUUCCUUUUGUUGUCGAAAAUCUCACUUGACCAUCUCUAUUGCUUUCCGCUUUUCCUCGUUCUUAAUUUCCUUUUUUUACUGUCACUUUCUCCAGUUAAUGUUUCCCCGAUAUUCCUAAUUUCUUCUCUUGUCGUAUUUGCAAAACCUAUGUUUUUUUCUUUUUCUGAGCGAGAUGCGCGUGAGAAUUUCUUUAUUUUCCUUUUUCCCUUGAUCACUUCUUCCAGUAGAUGCUUGUCAAUAGGAUUCAGGGCUUCGGGGAGUUUGUCGGUGCAGAGUUUGAGGCGGAAUCGUGGAGAGGAAGAGAACAGCUGCAAUACGGGGGAAAGAUGGAUGGGCUGUUUCGUUCGGGGAAAAGAAAUGAAGACGAAGAACAAAACGACCGAUACACAAACAUCAAAACAAAAAGCACAAAAAAA